ACAUCCACCUCGCCCGCUCUGUUAGAACCGGAAGCCAUACGGAUCUGUCUGCCAACGACACGCGCUGUUGCUUAAUGAAUACCUCGGCGUCCAGCGUAGCGCUCGACGGCCAUUCCCCUUCCUCCGUUCGCCUGAUCUAUCUGAUAUUCCGGCCUGUGAGGAAUAGUUGGAUCAAUCACAGACGGCGUUCUGUUCUGUUCGUCGCUCCCACUCUCUGGAUCUUCCCUUCCGCUGCUGGCGCUACCAAUCCCAUUCAACGAGGAAAACCAAAUGAAAAAGAUGAAAUUUCUCAGGGCAAAAUAGCAGAGUAUACUGUCACUGUCAGGGUGUUGAAGCAUCCAGUCAACAUUUUUCUUCAACAGAAACCUGCUGCAUUAUUCGGGUUGUGACUAUUCAACUUUGUCUUUGUGCUACUGGAUAUUUUUGGGACGCCCUCUUGUGGUGCUCUUGUGUCUUGACUCUUGACAUUGGAAAGCGUCCAAGGCGGAAGAGCCGACAUGUUGGACUGGUGGUCAAAGGGCGUUCCUUUUCCCUUCUUCCCUGCCCUGUGCCCUGCGUAUAUACUCCCGUUCGUGGAAGAAUCUUAUAUCAUUAAGUUUCUGGUUUGUUACAAGGAUAGUGCUCUUUAAAGCAUGACAGAAAAAUUGGGUUGCUCAUAUCACCAGACAAUCGUUCUAUUGUUCUAUUUGAUUCCCGUAUCAAUCUUUCUUUGAGGACUUCUACGGGGGGACAGAGUUUUUGUAUACGGUGGAGAUUUCGCAAAGAAAGGGAUUCUGUGGCCUGUGAUUCUCUCCAGAAAAAUCAGAUGUGCUAUAUAGGAUCUCUUCAGCGGACUGCAAAGGUUAUUGAUGAUUAUCUUAAGUAUAAAACGAUAGCCCUUGUUUUGUUGCUUGGCUUCUGUUUUCCCCAGACCAUAGUUGCCCAGCCCUCCACUGUAUGGUUACCUCUCCCACCUCCCAAAAGUUUUUGGGUCAUUUCCAAAAUGCAAAGUAAUAUAUCCCUGGACACAAGAAACACUUAUAUUCUUCCUGUUCUCUACAAUAGUGGAAUCUCGUAUGGAACUUAUUUUGGCUUCUAUACCAUGGAUGGUGUUUCAUUCAUUCUGGUUGUAGCGUUUUCGGGACCCCAAGGUCCUGUCGUCUGGUCUGCCAACCCUGACAAUCCUGUAAGGAAGGAUGCUGUCUUGAGCUUCACCGGUGAAGGGAAUUUGCUCCUCCAAGAUGUUGGCACAUUGAUCUGGUCCACAGACACGUCGAACAAGUCAGUCGCAGGCAUGGGCCUUGAUCUUUCAGGAAACCUUGUGCUUUUUGAUCAUAAUCAUUCCUCAGUCUGGCAGUCUUUUGACAACCCAACAGAUACUUUGGUCAUGGGGCAGUCACUUUGUAGGGGAAUGAAGCUUACUGCGAAACCCUCAAAACCAAAGUGGUCAUCUUCCAGGUUUUAUCUUUCGGCAGAGUGGAAUGGGCUGCAGCACUCUUUCAGUCCAGCAGCUUAUACACAGCUGUUCCAAGCUAAAGCUACACCUACACCAACUUCUAGCCCGUCAAAUUGUUAUGCAUUUGUCAAUGGCAGCCUAGGGUUCCCAGAUAAGAUCUUCUCACUACCUUCAGCAAGUUCAUUGCAGUUCAUGAGGUUAGAGUCUGAUGGGCAUUUGAGGCUUUAUGAGAUGCAGGAGCGUAAAUCACCGCAGAUGUUGUUUGAUGUAUUAAGCACAGUCAUUGCCUUCUGCGAUUACCCGUUGGCCUGUGGUGAUUAUGGUGUUUGCAAUAAUGGGCAAUGUUCGUGUCCUAGUUUGAGCUCUUUUAGGUUCCAAAAUGAACGGCUUCCAGGUGCUGGAUGUGUACCCUUAUCAAACAUCUCCUGCGAACAUGCUCACCACCACAAGUUGAUACCACUCAACAACAUUUCAUACUUUAGUAACAGUUCGUUUUCAAAAUUAGCAUUUUCUGUUUAUUCAGAAAAUGACUGCAAGCAAUCUUGUUUAAUGAAUUGCUCUUGCAAAGUAGUGAUUUAUUAUUCCGACAUAGGUGCUGAUUACUGCUUAUUGUUAUCAGAGCAGAUGCUAAUUUUGUUUGCAGAGGAUUCAUCAAAUCGCUUUUUGGCAUUUGUUAAGGUACAGGAUAAUCUCACAGAAAAAAGGAGGGUGGUUAUUAUUGUCUGCUCCACAGUUGCAGGUUUUUCUCUAAUAUUGAUAUUAGUUUGUGUUGUCAUAUGGAAAAAGUGCAAGAAAGAGAAGGAACCUCUCUUUGAUGGCAUACCUGGGACACCAAAGAGUUUCUCCUUUGAUGAGUUGAAGGUCGCUACCAGGAACUUUACUAUAAAGCUGGGACAUGGUGGUUUUGGGUCGGUCUUCAAAGGCAUGAUAGGGAAGGAUACCGUUGCUGUCAAACGCUUGGAGGGUGUCGAACAAGGAACAGAAGAGUUCUUGGCAGAGGUCCAGACGGUUGGUAGAAUGCAUCACCUUAACCUCGUAAGGUUAGUAGGAUUUUGUGCUGAGAAAUCACAUAAGCUCCUUGUCUAUGAGUACUUGUCAAAUGGUUCAUUGGAUAAAUGGAUUUUUCACGCAAGUCCAGUUUUCACUCUUUCUUGGAAAACUAGACGUAGCAUCAUCAUUGCAAUUGCUAGAGGAUUGUCUUACCUCCAUGAGGAAUGCAAGGAAAAGAUAGCCCAUUUAGACAUCAAGCCACAAAAUAUUCUCCUGGAUGAUAAAUUCCAUGCAAAACUCUCAGAUUUUGGACUUUCAAAGAUGAUAACCAGGGACCAGAGCAAAAUAAUGACCCGAAUGCGAGGAACGCGUGGUUAUCUAGCACCUGAAUGGCUUGGCUCAAAAAUCACUGAGAAGGCUGACAUCUACAGCUUUGGAAUUGUGAUGAUUGAAAUUAUUUGUGGUCGAGAAAAUUUGGAUGAAUCACAGCCCGAGGAGAGCAUGCACUUGAUAAGCCUGCUUCAAGAGAGGGCAAGGUCCGGUCAGCUGUCUGAUUUGGUGGACUGUAGCAGCAAUGACAUGAAAUCCCAUAUGGAGGAGGUCAUGGAAACAAUGAAGCUUGCAAUGUGGUGCUUGCAGGUUGAUAGCAGCAGAAGGCCCUUGAUGUCCACAGUGGCCAAGGUGUUGGAAGGUGUGAGGAGCUUAGAUGACACACCUGACUGCAAUUUCGUCCCAAGUUUUGCAUCAACCAACAACGGUGUAGUGGGAUCAAGUUGUUCCUAUGUACCUUGUGAGUCACAUUUAUCCGGGCCUAGGUGAUGAAGUGUCUGUUUACCUUUGGUUCAUUUGCUAAUUUUCAUUUUAAUGUAUGUCUUAAUGUAGCAUAUGAAGAAAUCAUGGUCAGAUGAUAUGGAUGUGGCACACUGUUCUCUCUCA